CAGUCGCCUUUCUGACUUCAGCCCAGCCUUAAUUUAGAUGUGGAAUCUCUGUUUGAAAGAAAACUACUCCAUUGAUAAUUGCUCGGAUCGUAUCAAAGUUUUUGAUGAACCAGGCAUUAAUGACACCGAGUGUACACACAUAAAUCUUCCAUAGUUGUGGAAACUUAUAAAAUGAUGUUAUUUUUAGUUUCAUUAAUUUCUAAUUGAAUUUUCUAGUAAUGAAUUAAAUAUUCAUUGUGAUCAACAUUUAAUAUUUAAUUUAAAAAAUAAUGAAAACAAAACUAGUGUACAGGUUAAGUUAAGAUUCUUUUGAACUUUUUCACCAGUUAUACAAUAAUUUUAAUUUUAUGCAAUAUAUUUAUGUAUCAACAUAUUAAUUUUAGAAAGUGAUAAUUGUAAUUUUUAUCAAUUUAAUUUUCUUAAGUGAAAGAUAACUUAUCAAACUUUUAAGAUUUGUUAUGAAUUAAGUACAUCAUUUCAUUUUUAAUUGUGUACAUAUCAAAGUAAAUCAUAAGUGUUUUACUGUAAUCAUUUUUAUAAUUAUUCAUUUUCAAAGUCAACUGUACUAACAUCAAUAUGAAUAUUAUACAUUUUGGAGUUUUUAUGACAGUUAAUCGAUCUCAAGAGAUUAUUAGACGAAACGUUCAUCAUAUGUGCAAAUUUUUAGUCAUUGGAGGUGGUACAGGAGGAUGUACAAUGGCUGCAAAACUAGUAAAUAGGUUUAACAGUCCACCAGAACAUGUAUUAGUUCUUGAACCUAAUGAGAUUCAUUAUUAUCAACCACUAUUUACAUUGAUUGGUGGAGGAUUAAAAACUUUUAAAUCUUCAAGGAAAAGGAUGAUCGAUGUUUUACCACGAAAAGCCCAAUGGAUCAAAGACAGUGUUGUUGUUUUCGAACCAGAUGUCAAUAGAGUUUCUACUAGCAGUGGUGUUAUUAUUGAAUACGAAAUAAUGAUUGUUGCUAUGGGAUUGCAAUUAUAUUGGAGCAAGAUUCCAGGUUUAGUAGAGAAUUUGAAAAAUCCAAAUGCACAAGUAUGUUCAAUUUAUGGUUCUGACACAGUGAAUGAUGUUUUCCAAAAAAUACAAAAUACCCAAAAAGGUCCUGGUGUUUUUACUUUUCCAAAUACUCCAGUCAAAUGUCCUGGUGCACCACAAAAAAUAGCUUAUCUUGCUGAAGAAUAUUGGAGAGACAAAAAUCUUCGUAAAGAUAUAGAUGUUAUAUAUAAUACAGCUCUUCCUAAUAUUUUUGGAGUAAAAAAAUAUGCCGAUGCUCUUUGGGAUGUUUGUAAAAAUCGUGAUAUUAAAGUUAACGUUCAAACAGUUUUAAGUGAAAUACGGGGUGAUAGUAAAGAAGCUAUUUUUAUUAAUUUAAAUAAACCAAAUGAAUUGAUUAUUCAAAAGUACGGGCUUUUACAUGUUUGUCCUCCAAUGGGUCCUCCAGAAAUUUUGAAACAACAUACACAGCUGACAAACUCAGCAGGUUUCUUGAGUAUAGAUCCACAUACUCUUCAACAUACCACGUAUAAAAAUAUUUAUGGGAUUGGAGAUUGUACUUCAACGCCAAAUUCUAAAACAAUGGCAGCAAUUGCAUCUCAGUCAAAGAUUCUUUAUGAUAACAUUAUGAAUGAUUUGUCUGGAAAACCAAUGACAGCUGUAUACAAUGGUUACGCAUCAUGUCCACUUGUAACAGGACGUAACAAGUGUAUUUUAGCAGAAUUCGAUUACAAUCUUAAACCAUUGGAAACAUUUCCAAUUAAUCAGAAAAACGAAUAUUGGGCCAUGUUUAUGAUGAAAAAAUACUUUUUUCCAUUUCUUUAUUGGAAUUUCAUGUUGAAAGGAAAAUGGAAUGGCCCGGAAAUUUUUAGAAAAAUUUUUUCACCAUUAAAAUCAAAAUAAGAUGAAACAUCUUAUCAAUCAUCAUGGUUUGAUUAAUUUUAGAAUUGAAUUUAGCGCUUCUACUUAACUGAUUAUUC